UGGGCUGUUCGCUACGAAUGUAAACCUGGUCCUAGAAAGAUGGCGGCUACGGCGGGGAGUCGGAGCUCGUCGUCCGGAUUAUCCACAGCCGCCGGCGGGGCGACGGUUCCAAGCAGUCCGGAGCUUAGUGGGAAUUUAGCGGGGGAGCACAAAGCAGACUGGAGACGCAAGCAGCUACGCAAAGUUCGGAGUGUUGAGUUGGACAAGUUGGCCGUGAGAACCGAAACAGAGCUACAGAACGCACCGGGUGGCAACGGGGACCUGGAGCCGGCAGCACAGGGCUCUGUCCCGGGCAGCGAGGCCGAGGACACGGCGGGGAGCCACAGUACUGGCCGUGACAUGGAGAAUAAAGAAACACUCAGGGGCUUACAGAAAAUGGAUGACCGCCCAGAGGAGCGCAUGAUCAGGGAGAAACUCAAGGCGACGUGUAUGCCAGCCUGGAAGCACGAAUGGUUGGAGAGGAAGAACAAACGCGGCCCUGUGAUUGUUAAACCAAUUCCCGUGAAAGCUGAUGGAUCGGACUCCUCCAAAACGGACUCCAGCGGUGACCGGUCUCUGAACGGGUUGACCCACUUACAAAAAGGGAGGCGUAGCCCUUCUCCUAGUAGCUCGUCAAGCUCAUCCAAAUCAACGAAGCCAGAUUCUCCAGGAGUACGGCGGAGAGGAAUAUCUCCCAUCCCUUUUCAGAGUGGACGUGUUACACCGCCCCGAAGAGCGCCCUCUCCUGAUGGCUUUUCACCUUACAGUCCCGAGGAGACCAGCCGCAGAGUCAACAAAGUAAUGCGAGCCCGACUCUACUUGCUGCAGCAGAUUGGACCCAAUUCUUUCUUAAUUGGUGGCGACAGUCCUGAUAAUAAGUACAGAGUGUUCAUUGGACCUCAGACGUGCAGCUGUGGCAGAGGCUCUUUCUGUAUCCAUCUCCUGUUUGUCAUGCUGCGAGUGUUUCAGCUGGAACCUUCAGACACCAUGCUCUGGCGGAAAGCGCUAAAGAAUUUUGAGGUUGAGAGUUUGUUCCAGAAAUAUCACAGUAGACGUAGCUCAAGGAUCAAAGCUCCAUCACGUAACACCAUCCAGAAGUUUGUGUCACGCAUGUCAAAUUCUCAUACAUUGUCAUCAUCUACCACCUCAACAUCUAGUUCAGAUGCCAGCUUGAAGGAUGAAGAGGAGCAGAUGUGCCCCAUCUGUUUGCUGGGCAUGCUGGAUGAGGAAAGCCUGAUAGUAUGUGAAGAAGGCUGCCGAAACAAGCUGCACCAUCACUGCAUGUCAAUUUGGGCUGAGGAGUGCAGAAGAAACAGGGAGCCCCUGAUUUGUCCGCUUUGUCGUUCAAAGUGGAGGUCACAGGAUUUCCACAGCCAUGAGUUACCUGGUCCUGUGGAUUCUCCUCCCGUCCAUCGUGCUGUUCAGCAACCAUCUCUACAACAACCGUCUACAGCUGGGUCCCAAAGAAGGUCACAGGACUCCAACUUAAACCUGACACAUUAUGGAGUCCAGCAAAUUCCCUCUGCCUACAAGAGCAUGGCUGAGCCAUGGAUUCAGGUGUUCGGCAUGGAGUUGGUGGGCUGUUUGUUUUCUCGCAACUGGAAUAUUAGAGAAAUGGCCUUGCGCCGUCUUUCACAUGAUGUCAGCGGAGCCCUUCUCUUAGCAAAUGGUGAAAGCACUGGAAAUUCAGGCAGUGGGGGUACCCCUAGUGCCCCACAGGCUGCUAGUGGCUCAUCUCAAUCCAGUAUCUCAGGGGAUGUUGUGGUGGAAGCAUGCUGCAGCGUACUGUCUAUGGUGUGCGCUGACCCCGUCUACAAAGUGUAUGUCGCUGCUUUAAAAACCCUACGAGCCAUGUUGGUGUAUACUCCCUGCCAUACGCCAGCGGAAAGAAAAAAACUGCAACGACUUCUCAACCCUGUGGUGGAAACCAUCUUGGUCAAGUGUGCAGAUGCCAACAGCCGGACAAGCCAACUUUCAGUGUCAACGUUGUUGGAGCUAUGCAAAGGGCAAGCUGGAGAGUUGGCGGUCGGAAGAGAAAUACUCAAAUCUGGUUCCAUUGGAAUUGGUGGCGUUGACUAUGUCCUAAACUGUAUUCUCGCCACCCAAACAGAAGCUACCAACUGGCAGGCCCUUCUCGGCCGUCUGUGUCUAAUUGACAGACUUCUUCUGGAGUUUCCUGCUGAGUUUUAUCCUCACAUUAUCAGCGGAGAGGUUUUGCAGGCUGAUGCAGCAGUGGAAAGGUAUAAGAACCUGCUGUCCUUGUUAAAUUUUGCCUUGCAAUCUAUUGACAAUUCACAUUCGAUGGUGGGGAAGCUGUCACGCAGGGUGUUCUUAAGUGCAGCGAGAAUGGUUGCAAGAGUUCCUCAUGUGUACGUCAAAUUGCUGGAUAUGUUAAGUGCAACCAGUUCAACACAUUACAUCCGCAUGCGGAGACGUCUAAUGGCGAUCGCUGAAGAGAUGGACAUUGUCGAUGUUAUCCAACAGGGUCUUGAAGAUGCUCAGGCCUUUGAACACCGCAGAGAAGCAUUUGUGCAGCCUUCUGCCCCUGCCAACUCCCCAGUAAUCUCACAAAAUAAUUCCCCCGAAAAUACUAUGCAGCUAUCAAGGAAAGUGGGCAGAGAUCGUUGUGACUCAAAAUCUGAUUCCAGCCCGGAGGAUUUACGCGAUGAACUGGAAGUCAUGUCCUUAGGACUAAGUUUGUCCUCUGUAACAAAUGAGCAACCAAAGCCUGCUGUUCAAACAAAACGUAGACCACCGAGUCAGUGCUUGAACUCUCAGUCUUCCGCUCACCCCCAUUCCCUUUUCCAAACUUUGCCUUCUCCCACUUCUACUCCUUCUGUGCCAGCUGGUCCUGGCACAGACGCCACAAAACCUAAACCUCAGGCUUUUACACCCUCUAAAUUGUCUUCUGCUUCCCCCCAAACGCAGAGGAAGUUUUCACUUCAAAUACAAAAGCACUAUUCAGGAAGUAAGGAGCCCGAUAAACUUUCUCCUGUUUUCACUCAAGCAAGACCAUUACCAUCUCAUCAAAUACACCGGCCAAAGCCAUCUCGACCAACAAUCGGUGACAACAUGGGGAAAACAGGAGAAACUCCAAAAGCCCAUAUGACUCUUGACUUGAAUGUUUCACACUGUGAAAACUGCGGUAAUAACAUGAAUGCAGUUAUACCAAGUGAUGACACGGUGUUCACACCUGUGGAGGAAAAGUGCAGACUGGACGCCAACACAGAGCUCAAUUCUAGCAUGGAGGACCUUCUGGAGGCUUCAAAUUCAGCAUGUGAUAGCACCGUCACCUUCAAGUCUGAAGUUGCUGUACUUUCUACUGAGAAAGCAGAGGUUGAUAACACUUACAAAGAUGAUGUUAGCCAUAAUCAGAAAUGCAAGGAGAAAAUGGAAGCGGAGGAAGAAGAAGCUCUAGCCGUUGUUUUGGCAAUGUCCGCCUCCCAGGAUGCCUUGCCAGUUAUACCCCAGCUGCAGGUUCAAAAUGGGGAGGACAUUAUUAUAAUUCAGCAGGAUACUCCGGAGACCCUGCCUGGACAUACCAAAGCAAAACAUCAUUACAGGGAGGAGGUGGAGUGGCUAAAAGGCCAGCAGAUCGGCUUAGGGGCUUUUUCUUCCUGCUAUCAAGCUCAGGAUGUCGGAACUGGAACAUUAAUGGCCGUUAAACAGGUAACCUACGUGCGGAAUACUUCAGCCGAGCAAGGAGAGGUAGUUGAGGCUCUCAGAGAAGAAAUAAGGAUGAUGAACCACCUAUCUCACCCUAAUAUUAUUAGAAUGUUAGGUGCUACAUGUGAAAAGAGCAACUACAACCUGUUCAUUGAAUGGAUGGCAGGUGGUUCUGUUGCCCACCUGCUGAGUAAAUAUGGAGCAUUUAAGGAAACUGUAAUCAUUAACUACACUGAGCAGCUCCUGCGUGGCCUAUCAUACCUGCACGAGAACCAGAUCAUUCACAGAGACAUAAAAGGCGCCAAUCUACUCAUUGACAGCACUGGGCAGCGGCUGCGAAUUGCAGAUUUUGGAGCCGCAGCUCGGCUCGCAUCAAAGGGCACUGGCGCUGGGGAAUUUCAGGGACAGCUACUGGGAACCAUUGCAUUCAUGGCACCAGAGGUGCUUCGGGGGCAGCAGUAUGGAAGAAGCUGUGAUGUGUGGAGUGUUGGCUGCAGCAUUAUUGAGAUGUCUUGUGCCAAACCACCGUGGAAUGCAGAAAAGCACUCUAAUCACCUUGCUCUCAUAUUCAAGAUUGCAAGUGCCACAACCGCUCCAACAAUCCCACCGCACCUUUCUCCUGGUCUGCGUGAUGUGACCCUGCGGUGUUUGGAGCUUCAGCCGCAAGACAGACCUCCUUCGAGGGAGCUGCUGAAACACCCCGUCUUUCGAAUAAAGUGGUAGAAGAAACUGUAAAAGGAGAAGACUUUAAAAGAAUAAUUGCUACUGAUUGCAGAGACAAUGGGUCCUGCUGAAAUGCAGCAGCGUGUCCUGUUUAUCAGCCGUGGUGAUAGGCCCGGUAUAGAGCAUCCCUGUCCUGUGCAUGACAACUCAAAACCUUCAGACGAGGAUUAUAUUUCUAGCUGAAAUAUACAGCACAUAUUUUUGACAAACUGUGCCUUUUGGAAGUCCCCUAAAAUUGAAAGAAAAAGUUAUUCUUUCCCUUCAUUGUGCUUCAAAAACACACAUAUAUUCUAUUCAGUGUAUUAGAACCUACAGAAACGUGUGCAUGUCAGGAGGCAUCUGGCGCAUGUGUUCUCUGUGGAUGUGUGCACAGUAUAUGAUGUAUGUGCAAAGUAGUGUUUAGAAGCCUCCUUUAAGAGAUGUCGUCAUGGGGCGAGGGAAUACUGUUUGAGCUCCUGGUUCUUGUUUUGCAGGAGAUCCCGAUACAAGGCCAUCAAGUUUUUGCAAUGUGUAAAUACUGUCCACACUGUGUCCCGCAGCUGUUUCUAUGAGGCGGCUCUGACUUUCCACAUCUGUACUUUGAUGCUGGCGCAUUCAUUCUUCUCUUGCAUCAUAACAAUUUGGGUCCCCCCCCCCUCAAAAAAUGGAUUCAUCUAUUUUUGUGAUUUCUGUCAUUUGUAUUAUUUGGAUAGGGCUUUGUUUGCUUCACCUGUUGCAUCCUUCUGCAAAAAUACAAAGCAGGCAUAAUUGUUAAUGUUCUGGAACAUUCAGGAUUUUUUUAUUCUAUUGUGUAGCUUUUUAAGUUGUAGGUUCCAAACCAAAUCAAACGCAUUUUACAUAAUCACGUUUUAUGUACUUUUUAAAUUGAUUUCUGCGGGUUUCCUUGUGUUGUACAUUAUGAGUAGGAUGUGGCUGUUAUGCAAUUGAGCACUUUGGGUGCCUGUGAGGGUAACCAUUGCGUUGCCAGCCUUGCCGACACUCAAAGGGUUAAGUGUAAAAAAAGAAAAAGACAAAAAAACUACUUGAAAGUGUAUUUCUACAUUGGGAGGACUGUUGUGCAUCACUCAGCGUCGCGUUAAAUGCUUCUUGCGUCUAUUCAGCGGGUGAUGCUUUUCGUGUUCAAUUUUAAGCAUUCUAUUUUUAAAUAGUUUUCCUGUUAUUUUAUGCAUGGCAACUUAAAUUAAAAGGCAGCUGGUGCAUUGCUUUCUUUUCUUUCGGUUAGAUUUUCAAUCAAAAAUGGCUUGUUUUGUAUUUAACUCAUUGGAAGCCGGUUAGUUUGUUGCACAUUGAAAAAAUACACGAUUAUUCCAAAACUCAGGAUGAAAGAGAUAAUAAAAUAAGCUAUUGUGCAUGUAAUAAAAAUGUACUAUUAAGAA